ACUACUAAAAAGAAAUAAAUAAAUUAUAAUUUCUUAUCUAAAGAAACGUUUUUACUAGAGAUAUAUAGGCCAAAUUAGAUUAAAUUUGAUUUUGCUUCAAAAAAAAAAAAAAGGGUUUAAUUUGAUUUUAAAAUUUUAUUUUAUUUAAAAAAAAAAUUCAAAAUUUGGAAUCAUUUUUGGAUAUUUUCUGUUAUACUUGAAACUUUAUCCUUCGUAUUUUGAAAAAGUCCUACCCUAAUUUUAUAUCCCAUAAUAUUUUCCUAGUUUGUUAUACACAAUAUAAUUUAUCUUCUGAAUUCGGAUAUAAUUUAUCUUUUAAUAUCUUUUCUAAAACAAAAAAUUUCAGAAAAAAAAAAUAUCCAAAUCUUUUUCAGUUACUCUCUAAGAAACAUAAACCAAGAUUAUCUUAGAUUAUAAGUCAAGGUUAAAAACCUAAUAACCUACUCCUUUAUAAACUAAGAUCCAAAGCUAACUUUCUCUUGGAAAAAACUUAACUGCUCUUCUAAACUAAAUAACCCUAAAUUUUCUCAUCAAUUUUUCUCUCUUUGAAACACAAAUUUCAUUACCCUUUACCUUCAUGGAUUGCAAACCCACAAAAAAUCAAUCAGAUUCAUCCAAAAUCACUCGUUUCAAGCCAUUGUCUUCUGUUUUCUUCCCUGUUCAUUGAUAAACAGUUGAUCAUUGUUUGAUACAUUCUUUAAAAGAACUCAGGAAAGAAUUAAUUUUGUUAGUACAGUGAAAUCAUGGGUUCGAGUUCAGGGGUAGACAAUGUCGAUGAGCUUGAGGUCGAGGAUGAGGGUGUUGAGACGGAUUCGACAGGGCGGUAUGUAAGGUUCGAGGAGGUAUUGGGAGAAGGGGUGUUCAAGAAGGAAUACAAGGGGUUUGAUGAGUUGAAAGGAAUAGAGAUUACUUGGAGUAAAGUUGAGUUAUCGGAGAACGUAUUCGACUCAGAGGAAUGUCAGAGGAAUGUGAGAGCAGAAGUUAAGCUGUUGAAGUCUUUGAAGCAUGAGAACAUCAUGUGGUGUUACCAUUCGUGGGUCGAUAGCGAAACAAAGACAGUUAACAUAAUUACUGAAUUGUCUACCUCUGGAACUAUGAGUCAGUAUCGCAAGAAACAUAAUCUUGUUGAUAAGAAGGCAAUUAAGAAUUGGGCAAGACAGAUUCUGAAAGGAUUAGAUUACCUGCACUGUCAGAAUCCUCCAAUUAUUCACGGAGAUCUUAACUGUGAUAACAUCUUUGUGAAUGGAUACUCUGGCAAGGUUAGAAUCGGAGAUGUUGGACUUGCGGCAAUGCUUCAAGAAGACACUACAGUUCGCGCUGUUAGUGGUAAGCCUGAGUUCAUGGCACCAGAGCUUUUCGGAGAGGAGUAUGAUCACCUGGUGGAUAUCUAUUCUUUUGGGAUGUGUUUGUUGCAGAUGGUUACCCGGGAAUUGCCGUAUGCUGAGUGCAGUAACUCAGAGCAGGUUUAUAAGAAGGUGAGAUCUGGUAUCAAGCCUGCUAUUCUAGACAGAGUGACAGACCUGCAGUUAAAGCAGUUCAUUGAGAAGUGUUUGGGUCCUGCAUCAGAGAGACCGUCAGCAAUUGACCUUCUGAAUGAUCCGUUUCUUGCAGUGAUGACUGAUUCUGGAUUGUCUGCAGCAUCUAGAACUCCGAGUCAAUCUGAAUCUGCGUGUUCAUCUUCUGUAGUAACAUGGGAUCAAGUGCCUAGUCCACCUGAUUCAUCAUCUUAUAAAUCAUGUGAUCAUGUGGCUAGCUCACCUGUUGUUUCUCUUGUUGGCCCAUUGACGGCUGUUGUCAGUGAGAAUAUCGAGUUCAAGUUAGAUGGGCAGCUGAUCAAGGAGAUUGACUACAUAUCAAUGGUUCUUCGGAUUGGUGAUAAGAGAGGUCAUGCUCAUAAGAUCGAGUUUGUGUUCUCUAUAAAAAAGGAUACAGUUCACUUGGUUAUGCAAGAGAUGAUUAAGGAGCUCCAGUUGUCAGUCAGAGAAGCAGUCCUUGUAACUGAGCUUAUGGAAAAUCUGGUUAAGAAACUUGUAAACCCAGAGGCAGAAUCUUCAACAUCAGAAAGUAAUGUCAGCAAACCCAACGAGCCUGCAAAACCGCCUAGUGACACAAACCAGGACGCCCAAUUACUUGCAUCCAAGAAACCAAGUGAACAUGAUCAUGCUGGUGAAUCACGGAUAGCUAAUUCAACUGGUCAAGACAAACAAGUUACAGAUAGUAGAGUAGGCAACAAAAAAGUGGUAGCCAAGACAAGUUCGAGAUCGUUGAAGAAGCUAUUAUUCUUUUGUGGGAGCAAAUUUUAGAUUUAGAUUGAAUUUUCAGUGUAGUAGAAGUUAUGUACACUUCACCAAUUAAGUAAUAUGAUUCAAUUUUAAUCAAAGCCUGUUAUGACUAUCAUUUUUUUUUCUUUAAGUAUUUU